AUGAUCAAGGACAGCUCACUGUGGAAGGCAGCAGGAGUCAUGGAGGCUUGGGAGGAAGAGUCUCAAUGUGAGCGCCCUGGUUGUUGGGGAACCCGAAUCUCGGUCUGGCAGAUUAGCUAUAUGGAGCCAGGGGUCAGAAGGCAGUUCCACCUGCAGAUGGCAACCUACAAGCUGUUUGUGGCUACAGGCAACACUGACUAUGCUGGAACCAUGGACUAUGCUUAUGUGACAGUUAUUGGGAAGAGUGGGCAGAGUGAGAGAAAGUCAUUGAACAACCCAGGAAGAGACCAUUGCCGUGGAUGUGUUGAUGAGUAUGAUGUUUGUAGCAAAGUUCUACUUGAAGACAUCUGGUUUGUGGAGCUAGAGAAGUGCUUCUGGGUUGGUGAUGACUGGUUUUACUGCUACGUGGAGGUGAAGUGUCCUGAUGGGACUUGUAAGAUAUUCCCCUGCUACCGCUGGAUUGUAGGCAACAUGACGAUCAGGCUGCGAGAAAGUUCAGUUUCUUUAUGUCCAAGCAACUUCUCCAGUCCUAUAAAGGCUGGGACAAUCCAUAGUCCCUUGCAGUACAUUGAAUGUGCUCGUAGUGUGAUAAAACAGAAGCCUCACAAGAACAACCCCAUCUUCCUGCCUUCUGACCCUGAGCUUGACUGGCUUUUAGCAAAGAUGUGGGUUCGACAUGCUGAAUUUCAAGUCUAUGAGGCUCUAUCUCACCUUCUGCGCACACAUCUGGUCUGGGAGGUGUUUUGUAUAGCCACCAUGAGACAACUGCCUGCGGUCCACCCUGUUUAUAAGCUCCUAAUUCCCCAUAUGCGUGACACCUUGCAAAUCAACACUAAUGCCCGUUUAACUCUCAUUUCAGAGAACGGCAUCUUCAAACAGAUCACAUCCACAGGAGGGGAAGGGUUGGGCUUAUUGCUUCAGAAGGAGUGCCAAGAGAUUGAGUUCAUGUCUCUUCUGCCAAAAACUGAUUUUGAGAAACGAGGUGUGAGCCAACUGAAGAACUACUUCUACAGAGAUGACUGCCUAAAAUUAUGGGAGGCCAUUGAGAGUUUUGUGUCUGGUAUUGUGGAUCUCUUCUAUUCUUCUGACAAAGAUGUUAUGGAAGAUAAGGAGCUGCAGAACUGGAUUCAGGAUGUUGUUACAGAGGGCUUUAAGGAUCUUCCUAACUUUUUCUUGCCCAAAAACAUAGAAGAUAAAACAGGUCUUGUCACUAUCCUAGCAGGGGUCAUCUUUACAAGCUCUGCCCAACAUGCAGCAAUCAAUAAUGGACAGUAUGACUGGUGCUCAUGGGUGCCAAACACACCCUGCACUAUGCGCUGUCCCCCUCCCCCUCAAAAGGGUCCGACUAACAUGGAUUUGAUCAUAAAUACAUUCCCAAAUAUGCAAGAGUCUUGUUUACAGGUGACCAUCACAUGGGUCCUUAGUCUUGAACAGCCUACAGCAGUCUGGCUUGGUCAAUAUCCAGAAUUUUUUUUCACUGAGGAGACUGUCAGAGAUCAUAUUGAAAAAUUCCAAGAGGCACUCAAGAAGAUUGAAAAGUCAAUUGAUGAAAGGAAUGCAAACUGUCAGCUGAAAUAUGAGUACCUGAAUCCAAGAAAGAUUGAGAACAGUGUUGCUAUAUAA